GCAAAGAGGACUGAGGAACCACAAUGGCAAGAACCAAGCAGACCGCUCGUAAAUCCACCGGAGGCAAAGCCCCCAGGAAGCAGCUGGCCACCAAGGCUGCUCGUAAGAGCGCCCCGGCUACCGGCGGUGUGAAGAAGCCUCACCGUUACAGGCCCGGUACCGUGGCUCUCAGAGAGAUCCGUCGCUACCAGAAAUCCACAGAGCUGCUGAUCCGCAAGCUGCCCUUCCAGCGCCUGGUGAGAGAAAUCGCUCAGGACUUCAAGACCGACCUGCGCUUCCAGAGCUCCGCUGUCAUGGCUCUGCAGGAGUCCAGCGAGGCUUACCUGGUCGGCCUGUUCGAGGACACCAACCUGUGCGCCAUCCACGCCAAGAGGGUCACCAUCAUGCCCAAGGACAUCCAGCUGGCCCGCCGCAUCCGCGGAGAGAGGGCUUAAAUUUACCCGAAACCGACCCAUAGAAACCCAAAGGCUCUUUUAAGAGCCACCUCACUCUUCACUGAAGGGCUUAUAUUCCUCUACAUGAAUGACCAACCUUAGCAAUGCAACAUCUUUAGAAACCGCACUCUGAAUAGAGGAAGUUAAAAUAUGUAUCAAACAUGCUCAUAUUUGUAUAAUUAUCAGCAAAUUGCGGAAUUAUUAUCAUUGUUCCCUUAGCCAUAAUAGCAGUCUACUCAAAUGAAUGUGUUGUUAUUCUGUAUGGGGUCAGAUCAGUCUCCUAAUACGCAAAUGCACACAGGUUUCAAACGUGUAUUUCAUGAUCCACACAUGUUUAUCAAAGCACACACAAAUGUGG